AUGACGCUUGGCACAUAUACAGUCUGCCCUAAGUUGUUUUCCCGCCAACUCCGCUUUACAAAAUGUACUGUUUUAAAUCAGAAAAAAAAGUUAAAGGCAUCUUGCAUGCAACUGAUCAAUGCACUAGUCCUCACCCCCGAAGAUUUGGAGUUCAGAGUUCACCUGAGGAAUGAAUUCAUGAGGGAUGGAUUGAUGGAUCAUCUUGAGAGUCUGCUGACGACUGACAAUGAGGAGCUGAGGACCCAAGUUCAAACGUUCAUCGAGCACAAGGAGAAUGAUUUUGAUGAGUUGAGAUUGAGAUUGGACAACAUCAGCUUCAACAUGCAGUUCGAUUUUCAUUAG